AUGAAGCAGUCUCUUAUUACUUCCCUCGUCGCCCUUGCGGCCUCCUCUGGCGUUCAAGCCACUGAGAGCUUGAUCAGCGUCCCCGUUGGUCUCUGUGCUGGUAUCCUCGGCGAGGCUGAGUGCAAGCAGCAGAGCUCCAACGGCGGCUUGAUCAACGUCCCCGUCAACGCCUGUAUUGGUGCUCUUGGUAAGGCCAAGUGUGACCAGGUCUCCUCCGCCAGCAGCAGCGAUGAGGGUUCUCUGAUCAACGUCCCCAUCAACGUCUGCCUCGCUGUCCUCGGCGAGACUCACUGCCAGCAGAAGUCCGACUCCAACGGUGGUCUUAUCAACAUCCCUGUCAACCUCUGCCUGGCCGUCCUCGGCGAGGCUGACUGCCAGCAGGAGAACGACUCCUCCUCUGGAUCUUCCUCCGGUGAUUCUCCCACUGGCUCUUCCGGUAGCUUGAUCAACAUUCCCGUUGGUCUCUGUGCCGGUGUCCUUGGCGAGGCUGAGUGCAAGCAGAAGAGCUCCUCCGCCUCCGGUGGUUUGAUCAACGUCCCCGUCAACGCCUGUGUUGCUGCUCUCGGUAAGGCCAAGUGUGACCAGGUCUCUUCCGCCGGCAACGGUGGCAACGGCGGUGGUCUGAUCAACGUCCCUGUCAACGUCUGCGCUGCUGUCCUCGGCGAGGCUGAAUGCCAGCAGAGCUCCAGCUCCAACGGUGGUCUCAUCAACAUCCCUCUCGACCUGUGUCUGGCCGUCCUCGGCGAGGCUGAGUGCAACCAGGGCUCCGCCACCACCACCGCUCCCGCUGCUUCCUCCACCCCCUGUGACACCAUCACCAGCGAGCACAUCGGCAGCACUGUCAUCCCCGGCGCUUCUGAGACUCCCUCCGCCGUUGCUCCUACUGCUGCUUCCUCCACCCCCUGUGACACCAUCACCAGCGAGCACGUCGGCAGCACUGUCAUCCCCGGCGCUUCUGAGACUCCCUCCGCCGUUGCUCCUUCCGCUGCCUCUACUACCCCCUGUGACACCAUCACCAGCGAGGAGAUCUCCAGCACUGUGAUCCCCGGUGCCUCAGCUCCCUCCGGCUCUGCUCCUUCCGGCCCCGCUGGUCCUUCCGGUGUUGCUCCCUCCGGUGCUUCCUCCACCCCCUGUGAGACCAUCACCAGCGAGGAGGUCUCCAGCACUGUGAUCCCCGGUGCCUCAGCUCCCUCCGGCUCUGCUCCUUCCGGUGCUGCUCCCUCCGUUACUGCUCCCUCCGGCCCCGCUGGUCCUUCCGGUGUUGCUCCCUCCGGUGCUUCCUCCACCCCCUGUGAGACCAUCACCAGCGAGGAGGUCUCCAGCACUGUGAUCCCCGGUGCCCCCGCUCCCUCCGGCUCUGCUCCUUCCGGUGCUGCUUCCUCCGUGACUGCUCCCUCCGGUCCCGCUGGUCCUUCCGGUGUUGCUCCCUCCGGUGCUUCCUCUACUCCCUGUGACACCAUCACUAGCGCUGAGGUCUCCAGCACUGUGAUCCCCGCUCCCUCCGGCUCUGCUCCCUCCGGCUCUGCUGGUCCCUCCGGCUGGUCCCCCGUCUCCUCCGGCGUGCCCCACCCCACUGCCCCCGCCUCCUCUCUGUCCACCCCGUACGUGACCAGCACUGUCAAGGUCUGCAACGCCGCCUGCUCCUCUUCCCUGUCUCUCGCGGCCACCAAGCCCGCCACCAAGCCCGCCUCCAGCGGCUUCGUUGCCCACACCUCUGCCCCUGUUUCUAGCGCCGGUACCUCCUCCACUGGAAGCGUUGCCACCCCCUCCUCCAGCACCGUUCCCUUCAACGCUGCUGGCCGCACCACCGUUUCCGGUCUCGCUGUUGUCUUCGGUGCCCUCUUCGCCGCUGCUAUGCAGUUCUAA